GUGAUGUGAUGAAUUCCUCUACUGACAUACUGAGCCCCUAAAUAAAAUCAAUAGAUACUGAGCAGUAUCGGGCAUAUCUUAAUUACUUUUGCUGCAUGUUAGUCAUGUCAUGCGUCUCUGACUCAUAAGCCAUUAAAAGAGCCGUGUUGGUGCCCUGGGCUGAGAGGUGUGGUGCCUGUUUGUUCUGAUGAAAUGAAACCGAAACUGGCAGAAGUAUUUAAAUAGCAGCUUCCUGGACCGAGCCGGGAGACAGCGAGAGACUCGCCGCUACAGAGGGGACGAGCAUCUGAUGUCGCUGCCGGUGGAGACGCUGACGUGAAGAGGGAUUUCAGUCAGUCAGGGUGAGUUCUCGCUUUUCCUUUAUGCCGAGGUGACAGUGUGGAGGGUGGAGGAAGUCGGCUAAAUUGUGGGGGAGAAAAAAAAAAAAAACAUGAACGAAAAAUAGGACUGAAAUACAGAUCCGGAAGAAAAAAAAGUGAUGUCAGUAUAAAAGAUGUCGUCCUAUAGAAUGACCACGGAGCAAAGAAUAUGAUAAAAAAAAAAAAAAAAAAAAAAAAAAAAAAGAAUACUUAUUGUACAUUUACUGUUAUUUAACCACCCGUGAAGCCCCAGGGGACCCAGUUAUUCUGUGGUCUGAGAAGCUCUGAUCCGAUUUCUGGUGAAAGGAAACCUACAGGCACGUUGCAGGUCCUGCGAGCGUCCGGCAGAGGGCGCGCUCUCCUGCCGGGUUGUCUUCAUUUUAUCGCUGCAAUGACGAGCAGAGCAGGAGUAAAGUAAAGCAAUAUGUCAUUAUUUCUCAUAUUCUUCUGGACUGAUGGAGACACUGUUAACGUGCAUGCUGCCUCCUCUAUCACGGUUCUCUCUGUUUUUAUAUCCAACCUCUUGACCCCGGGCACGUCACCCAGUUCAAACACUGGUGAAGUCAUGAACUGUGUGUGAAGAGUGCAGAGAGGCCUGUGUGCUGUCCGCCAGUCUGUCUUCAAACCUUUGAUUCUCUUUUCUCGUAUUGUAUGUGAACAAUGAUUAAGUAAAUAUAUGUAGAUUCAUACAUACAUAUGUAGCUAGAUGGAUAGCUAGAUAACUUUAUUAAUCCCUUGAGUGAAAUUAGGGUAUCAUAGCAGCAGGUACAUUCAAGUACAACUACAGUUGUUUUUAGUUUAAGAACUACAAAGUCGCGUGUCAGUGAAACAGGACGCAAUCACCGCGCGUCACGCUGUGAAAAGGACACGCAGGUGUAGGUGAUGACUCUACAGCGCUUGUUUUCAACUGUGAUGACAGUAAACAGACAUCAUGAAAGUCAAAAAAAAGGCAGUGUCACGAGCCCACAUUUCCACAACUGCCAAAUGCAAAACCAUGGAAAGACUGAAUUUAAUGAUGGAGAGAAGAGGACAGACUAAUGGUGAUGUUGGCCAAAAUGAAAACGCUGGUGGGGGCAGGAGGAGAAGACGAAGGGGUGCGCAGGGAGACGGGGGAGGAGGAGCAGAGGGCAGAAGAAGAGCACAGAGUCAAGGGGGUCAUCAAGCUGAGAGGAGGGAGACGGAUGGAGGGGCUGGAGGGAUGAUCUGGAGAAGCAGAGGAGUGGGAGGAGAACCGGGCAGAGGGGGUAAUAGAGGUGCAGGAAGAGAGGGCAGGGAUGGCAGAGGGAGAGGAAGAGGAGGAGGAGGAGGAGCAGCGGAUGCAGGAGGACAGAGAGGAGGAGGUAGACAGGGAGGUGGAGGAGGAGGAGGAGGAGGAGGAGGAGGAGGAGGGUGGGGGAGAGGCGGAAAUGGAGAGCAAGGUGCAGCUGGGAGAGGAGGAGGAGGAGGAGGGUGGGGGAGAGGCGGAAAUGGAGAGCAAGGUGCAGCUGGGAGAGGAGGAGGAGGAGUGAGAAGGGGAGGACAUAGUGAGGAUAGGAGAGGAGGUAGAAGAGACGGCGGGGGAGACAGGCAACAGAGGAAUGGAGGGGGAGCACAUUCUACGGGCAGAGAUGGGGCACCGAGGGGCCACGGCCUGGGCUACAAAAAACUGGAAGAACUCUCCAGAAAAGACCCGUCUGAGGUGUCGAUCACUCUGUCCUCCCACCGCGGCCUGCAGGAGGCCCUGGGCGAGACGACGAUGAGGAAGGACCUCGUUGAGCUCCUCUGCAAGGUGCUGAGUAUAGCCUUCAAGUCCCGCACGGACAGAAGCAGCCUGCUGCACCUGGCUGGCAUCAUUAAAGAGUCGCCGUUCUUCCGCAUCAGCCUGCUCUACUAUCUGGUGGGCAUAGGGACGGAGUCCGACCUGGUCCGCAGGGCACAGUACCCAGAACACCUGGGCAACAUCCUGGCUAUUCUGUCCGAGGUCCUCAGCAUGUUCCCUGCCAGCUCGGUCCAGGUCGGGAGUUUGCUUCUGACGCAGCUCCAAUCUGCAGUCAGCACCCUGAAAGCAGCAGGGGUGGUAAUCCGGCGUCAAACAGAGGAGAGCAUGGAGACUGUUCAGGAUCUGAUCAAGCACCUCCAGGAGAGAUCCAGGGAGGGAACCCUGCGCUCAGACAAGGACACUUACGCACUCCUAGGUGAUAACCCAGGUGAGGAAGAUCUGGAAGAUUUCCGGACGAUACCCAUCUACCCCACUCCCGAGGAGUUCCAUCAGGAGCGAAAGCCCUUCCUGAGACCCAAUCUGACCUCUAAGCGCUACACAAACACCCACCUCUACCUCGACACGCACUUCCGGCUGCUGAGAGAGGACUUCGUGCGGCCGCUCCGCGACGGGAUCCAGCAGCUGCUACGGAGCCAAGCGGGCGGUGGAGGAAAUAACACUCCGCUGAAGGCGAAGCACUUCGAUGACAUCAGGGUGUAUUUCGACACAAAGCUGGUGGUGCCCAAAUGCACCACCACUGGCCUCGCCUACAUAGUCCAGUUCGACGUUCAGCCACUUCAGUUUGUGCGCUGGCAGAACUCCAAGAGGCUCAUCUUCGGCUCCCUGGUCUGCCUGUCUUGUGAUAAUUUUCGGAGCUUCCUGUUUGCCACGGUGUCGGAUCGGGAUCCCAACGAGCUGCAGCGGGGACAGGUCCAGAUCACCUUCACAGAGGAGAGCAGAUACAAGCUGGCCCGAAUUGAGAAAAAUCAGCUGUUCCUGAUGGUCGAGACCAGUGCCUACUUUGAAGCCUAUCGCUAUGUUCUAGACGGCCUUCAGGAGCAGGAUGAGGACAGACUGCCGUUUCAGAGAUACAUCGUGGAGUGCAACCCAGAUGUGCAUCACCCAGCUUAUGUGCGUAAAGUAGACACUUUGGAUUUGAAAGAUGUUGCCAACCCCGACUUUAAGGACCACAUGAAGCCCUUUUGCUGCCUGGAGGAGGACGCCUGGCCGAGGAAGGAGGAGCUGGGGCUGGAUGAGUCUCAGAUGAAAGCCUUCCAGCUGGCGCUCACGAAGGAACUGGCCAUCAUACAGGGACCCCCUGGCACUGGAAAAACCUAUGUUGGGCUCAAGAUUGCUCAAACUCUGCUGACCAAUCAGCGUCUCUGGAGAAACCCAAUUGAAAAGGCGCCGAUGCUGGUAGUGUGUUACACUAACCAUGCCCUGGAUCAGUUCCUUGAGGGUAUCCAUACAUUUCUGCAAGAUGGCAUAGUGAGAGUGGGAGGCCGCAGCAACAGUGAGGUCCUGAAGCGUUUCAAUAUGCGGGAGCUGACCCGCUCGACUGGCUUCAGAAACUCGCUGCCGUCUCACCUGCAACAAGCACAUAACAGGAUUUACGGCGAGCUGUGUGACGUGGAGCGUGAGAUGGAGAGUCAGGGCUGGAUGCUGGAGUGUUCUCUGAAAGGUGUCCUGCAUGAACGUGCCUUAGAGAAGUUCAUCUGGGAGAGACACUGGGACGGUCUGCACCAAACGCCUGGUUUACAGCCAGAGUAUGGCUUUGUGAGGCGGCGUGAGAAGAGGCCCAGUCUGAUCAUGGAGUGGUUGGGUUUGGGUUCCACCGUCUUCCUGCAGAGGGAGACAGAGUAUAUGAAUGGGAAUGAAGAUGUGGCAGCAGAGGAGCCGAUGGAGCUGGACGAAGAGGACCUCAUCGAAAUCGCAGAGGAGGCAGAUCUGAUCGAGGCGGAGCGGAUUAUAGAUGACAACACUGAUCCCAGAGGUGGCAGAGAUGGCAGAAGGAACGAAGACAUGGAGGAGGCUGUCAGAGAAAUGGAAGAACAUAUGCUGGCUAUGAACUUGGAUGAAGCUGAGAUGAAGGCGGAGCAGAGCGAGGAAGGAUGGGAGAUACAACGGGCCCAGAAGAAAAAGAUGAAGGUCAAAAUCAGGAACGAGCUCAGGAAGAGCACAACCAUGACUGAAUGGGAGGAAAAAACUAUCUUGGAUAUCUGGAGCCUUAGCUUGACAGACAGAUGGAGACUCUAUCGGUUGUGGGUGGCACGCUACAGGCUAGAUCUUUCCAACAAGAUACUAGAGUCUGAAGAGGAAUAUCAGAACGCAGUGGACAGACUGGCCGAUGUAAAACGUCACCAGAGCCUCUUUCUCCUCAAGGAAGCCACGGUUAUUGGCAUGACAACAACAGGGGCGGCCAAGUACCGGAAAGUUCUGCAGGCGGUGCGUCCGCGCCUGGUAAUUGUAGAGGAGGCUGCGGAGGUCCUCGAGGCCCACACCAUCACCACGCUGAGCGAGGCAUGCCAGCACCUCAUCCUCAUCGGAGACCACCAGCAGCUGCGCCCCAGUGCCACCGUGUACGAGCUUGCCAAAAACUUCAACCUGGAGAUGUCCAUGUUUGAGAGGCUGGUGAAGAUGGGCCUCCCUUAUGUCAGGCUCAACUACCAGCAUCGCAUGAGGCCAGAAAUUGCCCGUCUGCUGACCCCACACAUCUACUCAGAGUUGGAAAACCAUCCCUCUGUGUUUGAGUAUGACAACAUCAAGGGCCUCAAUACCAACUUAUUCUUCAUGGAACACAACCACCUGGAAGAAGAGAUCAGAGAUGGAAAAAGCCACCAAAACAAAUAUGAGGCCAUGUUUGUAGUCGCUCUCUGCCGCUAUCUUCUCUUGCAGGACUACAAACCAGAGCAAAUUACCAUCCUCACGACCUAUACAGGCCAGUUCAACUGUCUGCGUAAACUUAUGCCUGUCAGUGAGUUCCAAGGGGUCAGAGUGCACGUCGUGGACAAGUACCAGGGAGAAGAGAAUGAUAUUGUCUUGUUGUCUCUGGUUCGAAGCAACCGGCAGGGUAAAGUUGGCUUUUUGAACAUUCCCAAUCGCGUCUGUGUAGCCUUGUCUCGUGCAAAGAAAGGCCUUUACUGCAUCGGCAACAGUACAAUGCUGGGAAAAGUCCAACUGUGGAGCAACAUCUUCAACACCUUGAGGGAGAAGGACCAGGUUGGGAAGGCUCUGACCCUGUGCUGUCAAAAUCAUCCAGCUCGAGAGGUAAAAGUCUACUGUGCUGACGAUUUUAAACAAUCCCCUGAGGGCGGCUGCACCCAGCCCUGCAACUUCCGUUUGGAUUGUGGCCAUGUUUGCUCACUUGUCUGCCACCCUUACGACCCUGAGCACAAGAAGUACAAGUGUCAUAAGAGGUGUGAGAAGCCUUUAUGUGAACAGGGACACAAGUGCACACUCGUCUGCUUCAAAAAAUGUCCAAAGGAAUGUCCAGUGAAGGUUGAGAAGAUUGUACCCCAGUGUCAGCACUCACAGAUGGUUCCAUGCCACCAGGACCCAGCAACAUUCAGAUGCCAAGAACCUUGUAAGAAGAUGCUUCCCUGUGGACAUCCAUGUGAUUCAUCGUGUGGGGAGCCAUGCACCUUAAAGUGCAGGGCGAAGGUCACCAUACACCUAUUGUGUGGCCACAGCCAGGAAGACGAAUGCUUCUACAAAACAUGCCCGGGGGAGGUUGAAUGUAGGGCCCCCUGUGAGCAUCAGCUGCUAUGUGGCCACGCGUGUCGUGGUACCUGUGGCAAGUGUUAUCAGGGACGGUUCCAUUUCCCAUGUGUCCACCAGUGUGAGCGUCUCCUGAUUUGUUCUCACAAGUGCAAUCAACCAUGCACCAGCAAUUGCCCCCCAUGUCAGAGACCAUGUGAGAACUUCUGUUUUCACAGCAAGUGUAUGAAGCCAUGUGGACAGCCGUGUGCUCUGUGCAUUGAGCCCUGCGCUUGGCAGUGUGCUCACCAAAGCUGCAGUAAGCUUUGCCACGAGCCAUGCGAUCGUCCACCUUGCACCCAGCCCUGUACCAAAACCUUGGCAUGCGGCCACCUGUGCAUAGGUCUGUGCGGAGACAAAUGUCCAAACAUGUGUCGCAUCUGCAAUCACGAUGAGGUGACAGAGAUUUUCUUCGGGACCGAAGACGACCCCGAGGCUCGCUUCAUUCAGCUAGAGGACUGUGGACACAUCAUUGAACACACAGCCAUGGAUACGUACAUGGGGAUGGAUGACAACCAGCAGCCAACUGAAGGGGAGGAGGUGGCCAUAAAACUGAAGCAGUGUCCAAAGUGUCGAACUCCAAUCCGCAAAAAUCUGCGCUAUGGGUCUCACAUCAACAGCAGUCUGGCUCAGAUAGAGUUGGUCAAAAUGAAGAUAAAUGGAGACCAGGCAGUUAUUAAAGAGCACAGGAGGACCCUCAAACAGCAGUGGAGAGACAACCUUGACACCAAUGAAAUGGAUCAGCAGCCUACGUUUAUGAAUAUCAAGGCCCAGCUGGAAAGAAGUUACCUCACAGCAAAUGAUCUGUGGGUUGUGGAAAACAAGAUGGACUUCCUUGUAAGAAUUGCAAAGCUAGAGAAGAUCCAAAAGGAAAACAUGCUGUACAGCCAGAGCUUCACGUUGGAAAAGUACCUCAGUCAGUUUCAGCGCUGGCUCAGCCGCAGCUACUUAAUGUUCACAGACCAACAGGUUCAUGAUUUGCAGAGGGAGCUACAGAGAAUCACCCUCCUGACAGAAAUCAACGUCCGUUGCGAUAUGGCCUACAAGAGAGGACAAAGCACCAACAUUCAGUCCGAAGUGCAAAGAAUCAAACAGGUUUUGGAAAAGUGUGGCCAGUUCACUGAGCGAGAUCAAGACAGAGUGAAAGACGACAUGAAGGAACUAGACAGAAAGCUUCCACCCUCAGGCUUGGGGAUCACCGAGAAGGAGAGAGAGAUGAUCGUCUCGACCAUGAAAAUGAAACCAGGACACUGGUACAAAUGUCCCAAUGGCCACGUCUACCUUAUAACAGAGUGUGGAGGCGCUGUGGAGGAGCGACAGUGUCCUGAUUGUAAUGCUACUAUCGGUGGGGCCAGUCACACACUAGCAAGUGGCAAUCAAGUUGCCUCUGAGAUGGAUGGGUCACAGCACCCUGCUUGGUCUGAAGCCAACAACCUUCUCAACUUUGAUCGACUUGACCUCUGAAAGUCAUCUGAUGGAAAGUCUAUCAUUGCCUCGUCAGCUGAAAAAGCUGAGUUGCAACAGGUUGACUUAUUUGUAAUGACCAGGUUUAAUCCAUGCUGGACUAAGAGAGGAAAGUUACAGCACUGUAAAUAGUGUAAUUAAAUGAGAUAAUGCUACUGUCUGUUUCAUUUCAGGUGAAGGGGCAGUUUAAGAUAAUCAAGAGAUGGAUCCAGCAGAUCGGUCUGCUUGUGACUAUAAUUCUCUUGCAUGCAAAUAGAUUUUGAAAUCUUUAAUGAAGACAGACUUUAAUAGUAUUAACAAUGUGCGUCACUUUUAUUUUAUCCACUCCAUUGAUAGUGGUUUUGUGUUAUGUUAAUGCUUAACCUUUUGUUUUGUUUUUUAAAAUAGUUUACUGUAACCCUCACAUGUUAAGGACUCUUUAAGUAUCUGUAUGUCACAGCUGGCCUGCACUUCAACAAUAGGUGGCAGUAAAACACUGCAAGAGGAAAUGUGGAGGAAUGACUUUAUAGUUGAGAUGCUUGCAGCUUGUUCAAAUGGAAUAAAACACAUGAAUCCAUGA